CUCGCUUGUCAUUCACAUGUGUGCUCCUGGAGUCGGAAGCUCGAGAAGCCGCAAUUUGCUCCUGUCGCGCCCAUCCCAAAUACGCAUCCAAAAUACCCGACCAGAUUCCGAAAAUUGUUUAACUCGGGAUAUAAAUAAGGGGCCUUGUCCUCACAAAUCUGGUCGCCUUGCCGAUGCGAUUCCGCUUCUCAUCUUGGACUUCAAGGUAUGAGAGAGCAAUACACGCACACCAUCUUUACUCAUCUGACAUUAGAAUGCAAAUUGCUCGCUUCAGCAUGCUCAUGCGAUAUAUCACACUUCUGACUGUGGGACUAUGCCUUCUUGAUACCACUGCAGGCGACACCGCAGAGAACUGCGAGAUGAAUCCGGGCUUCAAUUUUGACUUUUUCGGACUGACAAGGGGACCUUUUGAUCAGACGACGUGUACUGCCAGUUGCCAACCCCGUUUCAAUGCGCUCACUUCCAAGCCUUUCGAUUUUUGUCUGGCACAAGGCGGCCACAUCAUCAUUUCUUGGAAGGCUGAGAUCACAGAAGAACAUGGUUUCAAGGAAUGUCAUUGUCGAUUGUGGAUGUUCUUUACAAAGCUUCAGACGACGUCCGAAUGCAAGGUCAAUGUCGAGACCGACACACCUCACAUGAAGUUGCGAGAAAACCUGAUCUCUGUCAUUCAGUUACGACCAGCAUUCACCACAACCCUUCAUGGGGUGACGGGAUGUGGACUCGAUACAAUACAGCAAGGCGAUGGUUGGUCACAGUUUAGCAUUUUGCCGGAGAAAUAGGCUCAAUUUUGUUGGCGGCUAUUGACUUCAGCUGACCCCUGAUCGGCAAAGCUUGCGCCGGGUCGUAUCAGAUUUCUUUGAUUGAUGUGCCGGCGCUGCAGUCCCAUGUAGCUGACUCCGUGCGUAAUACGCAAGCCUUUCACAUAUCACAAUGUGCCCCUGUUGCUGUAGCGGUACGAUUUUUGGCAUCUGCUUGAUCGCUACUAUUCUAUCGGAUGCACAAUGCACAAAUUUUGGAACGCAGACCACUCAGCGAACUACAAGGUGCAAGAAUGUUCUGCAGUUUGUAAACGUGUCG